UCGUAAAUGUCGUAUGUAGAGAAAGGAAUCAUCUGCGGCUGACGUGAAGCGUGGAGAUAGUUCAUUAAAUCUUCUACUGAAUGUUAAGUUUAAAUUUGUUUGGUUCAAAAAACGUAACGGUUACGAACUGCAAGCUCACACAGAUAAGAGGACAAGAGUGACCGAUAACGACCUGCAAGGAUGUUUAAAAAGUUUGAUGAAAAGGAGAAUGUUUCUAACUGUAUUCAGCUGAAGACAUCUGUUAUUAAGGGUAUAAAGAAUCAGCUGUUAGAUCAGUUUCCUAACAUCGAUGACUGGCUCAACCAGAUAAUGCCCAAAAAGGACCCUGUCAAAAUUGUGAGAUGUCAUGAGCAUAUUGAAAUUCUUACGGUAAAUGGAGAGCUGCUCUUCUUCAGACAGAGAGAGGGACCCUUCUAUCCCACCCUCAGACUUCUACACAAAUAUCCCUUCAUUCUGCCACACCAACAAGUAGAUAAAGGAGCCAUCAAAUUUGUUCUGAGUGGAGCCAAUAUCAUGUGCCCAGGCCUCACAUCACCAGGAGCCAAACUCUACCCUGCUGAAUCAGACACAGUAGUUGCCAUAAUGGCAGAAGGGAAGCAGCACGCACUCUGUGUGGGAGUCAUGAAGAUGUCUGCAGACGACAUAGAGAAAGUAAACAAGGGAAUUGGAAUCGAGAACGUUCACUAUCUGAAUGAUGGACUGUGGCACAUGAAGACGUAUAAGUAAUGACAGAAGAGAGGAUGUGGUGGAAUCGUGUGGACCCGUUAUCACCAGGCUGCCCGUCUACUGUUUACAUGAAUGGACUCAACUGUGUACCAUGCCGAAAGCUUUGAAAGCGACCCCAUUUUAAUGCACAAAUAAAACCUGCAUUCAAGUCA